AUGGCUAGAACUUUGCCCUUACUCUCUGCCAAAGAGGUUAGCAAGCACAACACAGAGAAAGACUGCUGGGUUACCCUUUAUAACAGAAAAGUGUACAAUGUGACGGGUUUUCUUGACCAGCACCCUGGCGGCGCCGAUAUUGUGUUUCCAUACGCUGGGAAAGAUGUGACAGAAAUCAUGGCCGACUCUAUAUCCCACGAACACUCGGAGAGCGCCUACGAGAUGCUUGAUGAUGAUAUGUUAGUAGGGUACAUGGCCACCGAAGAAGAGGAGCGUGAGUUGGUGAACAAUAAGAAGAAGCAUACCGUGGAUGUAAGACUCACAGACGAGGCUCAGGCUGAGAUCGACUUGUAUGAGUUCCACGAUGAGUUGCCUGCUUUAGAAAUGUUGUCUGUUCAAACUGAUUUCGACGAUGAUGCUAAGAAGCAUAAAUUCCUCGACUUGAAGAAGCCUUUGAUUCCUCAGAUGCUCAGGUCAACAUUUUCAAAAGAGUUUUAUUUGGAUCAGGUUCACCGUCCGAGACAUUAUGGUAACGGAUCUGCUCCACUUUUCGGUAAUUUCUUGGAGCCUCUUUCUUUGACUCCGUGGUGGGUCGUUCCCUUGGUUUGGCUUCCUCCUAACAUGUACUUAUUUUACGUUGGAUUUGUCAACCAAAGCAAGCUCACAGCCUUGAGUUUAUGGGUGAUGGGUUUGUUUGUUUGGACUUUUGUUGAAUACUGCUUGCACCGAUUCUUGUUCCACUUGGACCAGUAUUUACCUGACAACAGGUACUUCUUGACCCUCCACUUCCUUUUGCAUGGUGUGCAUCAUUACUUGCCCAUGGACAGGUACAGAUUGGUGUUGCCUCCCACCUUGUUUGUCGUCUUGGCCUAUCCAUUUUAUAAAUUGAUUUUCAAAAUCUUCCCAUUUUAUAUGGCAUGUUCAGGGUUUGCAGGCGGCACUUUGGGCUACAUCAUGUAUGAUGUGACACACUAUGUUUUGCACCAUACCCACUUGCCCAAAUUUUUCCAAGAAUUGAAGAAAUAUCACUUGGAACAUCACUACAAAAAUUACGAGAUGGGCUUUGGUGUAACCAGCAAAUUUUGGGAUGUCAUAUUCGAUACUGAGAUCACUUCAACUUUCGAGAAAAGAUCGUGA